UUCGUCAUGCUACAAAGGUUGCAACUCAAGUUUCAUGUUUCCUCGUUACGAUUUGCAGAAGUGCGUCUACUGCCACAAGACGACCAAGCAGAUCUUCGGCGCGUGUAUCCAGUGCUCGUUGGACAACUGCUCCACGUCCUUCCACGUCACCUGCGCCCUCCUCGCCGGAGUCGUCAUGAAGCCGGCCGAUUGGCCGUAUGUGGUGUCCGUCACUUGCCACAAACACAAACAGACCAAUCAGAAGGUCAAAAACAGCUCCCGCGAGCUGUCUUUAGGUCAGGAGGUCAUCGGGAGGAGCAGCAACGGUUGGUUCUAUCGCUGCACCAUCACCGGCAUCGGCACGCAGAACUACUACGAGGUCAACUUUGAUGACGGCUCCUACUGUGAUAAUGUCUUCCCAGAGAACCUGCUGAGUCACGACUGUCUGAGGAACGGCCCUCCAGAACUGGGCGAAUUCGUGGUGGUCAAGACAAUCGAUGGACGGGUUCUCAACGCGUCUUUCAUAAAGGAACACGUCCAACGAUACUACCAGGUGGAGUUUCAGGAUGAGACGCAGAUCUUACUGAAGCGCAGCGAGAUUCACACUCUGAACCAAGAGCUGCCUAAGAGGGUCAUGUCUCGUCUGGCAACUGUGAACCAACAACAACCUCAGGCGCAACCGUCAGACGAACCUCUGGCCGCGAAACGCCCACGUCUGCCGACGCCGCCACCCACACUAGCCAUUGAGCCCUCGGCGCUACCUCCAGGAAUAGUCACCGCUUUCCUGCCCGCUACUAUUACUCCAAACACCAGCACUGCCCCCUGCCUGCCUCCCCCCACAUCACUUCCUGUUUCUGCACCCACACUUCCUGCCCCGGAACCCAGUGAGAGUUACACCCACAGCUCCAGCUACAUAGCUUACAUGGAGUCUCUCCUCAACUCGGACUUUCCUCCAGAAGAGGGUGAACAUGGCGUUGAGCCAAUGUAUUGAAGCACUGUUAUGCGCUACCAGCUAUUUGUCAAUGCUUCAUACAGACUUUAAAUUCAUCCACUGCAUGUCUUUGUUUCAUUUAUUCGCUGUCGUGCUAAUCUGAGUUUCCCACCCAUGAAUGGUGCGCGUGGGACGCAUGCGUGUCAUUAUAGACUGAAGCCGAAACGGACCCAGUACAUAGCCUUGGGGGACGCCGCACUCUUCCGACCCUUUCCACGAUCCCUCGCUCUGGUUCUUUCACUAAACGGAAAGAGCCGCCGUUUUUAGAUGGGAUAAUCAUUCACUGUAUGUGCUGUUAAAUUUAUACCUGAUUUUUUUCUCUAAUGAGUGCUAAAUAUUUUUCUAACUCAAGCCAAAACAUCAUGCUACCCGGUCACAGUUCAAAUAGACAGUCUAUAUCUGUACAGUUUCAGGUAUUUUUAUCUGUACUCAAGUGUUCGGGGGGGGGUGGGGGUGGAGGAAGAGUUUUAGCUGGGCUCAUGGGAUUUAACAAGUAUUUAAAUGUCUUUUGUCACAUAUAGGUUUAAUAUUUGUAUAAAGAAAAUCAAUUAUGGCAGCAUCAGAAGCUACAGUUUUCAGUUAGUGUACACAUUUGUGUUACGAUAGAUUCGCGCGUCUUCAUGUAUUCUUCUAUAAUCAAAGAUAAAAUGUUUUUUCAGACACCGAUGAUUUGUUUUUGUAGCAUACUUGGUAGACGUUGAUAUUGAAUACUAUUCACCAUGUCUGUUUUUUUUUUUUAUGAUUACCGUUGUUGUUAUGAUGGUUAUUUUUAGUGAUUUUUAUUUUGGUGAAUCUUUGCAACACAAUGUCGGAAGAUGGAAAAAAAAGCUGAAUUUAUCAUUUUUAUUCAAGAGGUUGAAGUGGCGUACAUUUAAGCGUAUAGUCAUAGGUGAUAUUAAACAGAUACGCAAUCUGCCUUCUCAAGGUGCUAUAGAGGUCUUAGACUACUGAGAGGCGAUCCGGGUCAAGUGACCCACAAUGAGGUGUACAUACUAGAUGUCCUGCUCAUGAAUUGGAAAAAUUUUCUUCAGUGUAACUUCUAGUCUUAUCAAAUGCCAUGUCACAUUCAAAUAAAGGGUCUGGUUGUCGCUU